AUGUCGCUCGACCCUCCGACAUACCUGGCGUCGCUCCAGAGCAACAUUCGCCAGAGGCCCAUUCCGUGGGAUGGCGCCGUCCGCGCGGGCACCCUGAGCGAGGACCACUACACCAAGAUCCGGGCCGUCGACAAGGCCAAGAAGCCAGAGCAGAGAAAGGAGAUUGUCCAAGGCGAUCUUGACGGAUACCGACUGCUGUUUGUUGGCGGCGCGGGCAAGCCCAGCGUGAUCGAGUCGGCUGCUCAGCAUGCAAACGUCAUCCAGUACAUCCUCGUCCUUCUCUCAGAUCUUCUCGACGAUGUCCCGUCGCUCGCCAAAGCUCUCUUCAAGGACAACACAGACCCUUACCGCCACUUCUUGCCUCUCCUCAAAUCCAGCAACACCGAAGACGCCAUUCCGCUCCUGACUGCACACGCCCUCGCCAGCCUCAUGGCGACCGCCCGCGACGAGUCGCAAGCCACACACCAGGCCCUCCCGAUGAUGUUCAGCUACCUUAGCAGCCUCGCCAAGAGCACGGACGCGGGACUGCAAGAUAUUGCGGUGCUGGAGUACUCCUCGCUGCUCUUUGGCCACGUGUCCCGCCAUCAGUUCUGGGACCACCGCAGCGAGACCAUUGCGCCGCUGAUCAAGAUCCUACAGACCGCCGCCGGCGUUGGCAGCAACGGCAACUCGUCCGCUAGCCUCUGGAGUGGCAACGCCAGCGUGCGCAGCACUGGGUUCGAGGGCUCAUUGGGUGGAGGUGUUGGUCUGCAGCUGCUGUACCAUGUCCUUCUCGUGGUCUGGCAGAUGAGCUUUGAGGCGGCAGAGAUGGGCGACGAGCUGAAUGACGAGUAUGAUAUGAUCAUCCUCUACACACAAUUACUGCGUCUUUCGCCCAAGGAGAAGACCACGCGCCUCAUCGUGUCAACACUGUACAACCUGCUCGAGAAGAACCAAAAGUCACUCCUCCCCACAGCCGUGCUCGCCAGACUGCCCAGCACCCUGGAGAACCUGACCAGCCGCCACCUGACCGACCCGGACCUGCUGGAGGAUCUCGAGGCCCUGAAGGAGAUGCUGGACGAGUACACAAAGACCAAGACCACGUUUGAUGAGUACGUCGCGGAGGUGCAGUCCGGCCACCUGCGCUGGUCGCCGCCCCACCGCAGCUCCGUCUUCUGGGCGGAGAAUGCACGCAAGAUUCUCGACUUUGAGAACGGGGUCAUUCCUCGCAAACUGGCCGAGAUUAUGCAGCAGUCGUGGGACAAUGACAAGCAGGUCCUGGCGAUUGCGUGCAGCGAUGUCGGGAACCUGGUCAAGGAGGUGCCUGAGAAGCGGCACCAGUUGGAGAAGGUUGGGUUGAAGAGGCGGAUCAUGGAGCUCAUGCAGUCAGAGGACGAGAACGUCCGCUGGGAGAGUCUGAGGGCCUUGGGAGGAUGGCUGAAGUACUCAUUUGAGGAGAUGUCCAUCUAA